AUGGCUAACAAAAAGCUAAUAGAAUUAUUUUCUGGUGUAAGAAAUAAUUGGAAAUUUAAUUUAAUUACGCUGAAAUAUGAAGUUUUCACAAACCAAUAGCAACGUCAAUGGCUAUUAUAGUUUAAGUGUUGCUUCUACUGUAAUUUUCAAAACGUAAUAUAUACUCCUACUUUAAUUAAGUCAGCCUUUCGUAAAUAUUGAAAUCCUUUAUUUUAAUGCAAUAGUUGUUAAAGUAUUCACGUUAUAAUCAAUCGGAAAGCGAAUUUUUGUGUGGGGAGGGGAUACUGUGAGAUAAUUAUUUCUAAUUAUUCACUAUUGCCACCAAUUGUUUGGGUAAAAUUUUCUAUUCAUGGUUGCGAAAAAGUACCCGAAUUGUUAUUUCUGAAUAUUCAAGUUCCCUAUAUCUUUUAUGUAUUUUUAGUUGCAACACCACCUAAACAAGUUAGGAGUUUGCUUGUCACAUGAAAGAUGAGACAAGUUGUUGAACCUCAUCGGCGGUCAUUUCUUAGACCAGACAGCAAGUAGAAUUAAAUCUGGGAAAACUUUCCCUGGUACAGGUAAUGAUUAUGAUCUGAGAAUUCUCAAGGGGACACAUGAGGAAAGGAUUUCAAAAUGAUGACCUGCAUCUAUUUGCAACAAACUUAAUUGAAGUCCGCAUUGAUUUUAAAAAUGUGCCUAAUGAUUCUCCACUCGGUGACAUUAAAACGGCAUUUCCGCGAAACAAAUUUUCGCCCAGUGCAUCCGAGAUCAAGACUUUGACUGUGUUAAAAUCCUCAGAACAUACGGAAAAUGGAUUUCAGAAAUUUAUAACAAGGCUGGUCUCCUGGAAAUUUUACCAAAGACAGAUGAUCCACCAAUCCCUGUCGGGCCAGCUGCCUCCGGCCAAACGCAAGCCCAUGUAAUGGAUGACCAAGAUGAUCCGAUGAGGGAAAUGAAAGUUGUUAUGGGAGGGGAUCAACUUACCCGAGUACGUUUUGCUGGUGCCAAAGAUCUACUUGCAGGCGCACACACGCCCACCGAUCGUUUUGAGCAUUGCUUGCCAUUUAAAGCUGUAAUGUGGCACACCAAAGCAUCUCUCUUACAAUACAGUUACAGUCUACUGUACAUGUCAGAAUCUGUUGGCGAUCAGGGAACACUGAAAUAUUUCCGUGAAAAAUACGAUCGACGUAAUGCUACACCAAAGAAGGUGCUCGACUGUUACGAGGGGAGCGAAGAGCUUUUCUUAAGCUUUGGCCGUGCAUAUAUUAUUGUUGCAGUAUUGCAUUUCUUUGGCAUGUCUAGUGUUGAUGAUAAGCCAACAAUCCACGAGUUUCCAAAAGACAUCAUUCAUGGUACAGACGAACAGAAAAAGAAUUGUAUUGUAAUUUGUACAAAAGUAUGUAUUGCAAAUUGA